UGCAGCAGAGCCAGAUAUUCUGGCAUUACGUAUACGCCCAGUCUACGUCGAGUUGGCCACGUGUACGGACACGCGGCGCGGUUCGCUUUUUCCGGUGGCAUCAAAUUCGUUACCAACAUCUCAUUACCAAAAACUUCGCGAUUUGGUGUUAAUAAUAAACAGACAAGAAAGGAUUCUGAAAUGUUUAAAGUUUAUUUUUCUUUAAUAUUUGAAUAGAACCUGUUUUUUUUUUGGUUUGUUUUUUUUUUGUACAAGUGCAAGUAAAUGUGUGUGUGUGCAAAGUGUGCCGGCUUGAAAAUGCGCGCCAAAAAUUGAGAAAUUUUCACAAAGCGCAGCGGCAACAAAAACAAGUAAAAACAACACUUUAAAAUCGACCGAAGGAGAUAAACAUAAAUAGUAAUAUAUAUGUAUAUAAAUUAAAUGAUAAUCUGAAGUGCAUAGUCAGGAUUCAGCGAUAUUUUUGGGGAAAUUUAAGGACUGGCACUGGCAAAUUACAAAAUAAAUGGCUUAUGAUUCACAAACGAUCUGUUAAUCGUCUGGAUUUUUGCGUUACGUGUGGAGGACUCUUACUGCGAGCGGAAAGAGAGAAAGAGAGGACGCCAGCGGGUUAGAGGGAGGCGGAGACAAUAAGACUGAAGCUGGCAAACCUUACACAAAAUGCGAAGAAGAAGAAGCACUGGCAGCGCACAACAACCACAGCAGCGGCCACACGAACAGCAACAGCAACAAAAUCAAAGGUUAAUCCCCGACCCACGCUGUUCGCUGCUAAUGUUGCUAAUUGUUGGCCAAGCAGUUUACGCUUCUGCCGGCAGUGAGCUAAUCGCCAAUCGUUCGACGUCAACCGUAGAAUCGCUGACAAUACCGCCCGGCGACCGCCCAUCGAACUUAACCCCUUUCAGAGGAUUUUCCAGCCCCUUUAGGGAGGAGGAUGUGGCCGAGGGCGAGGGGGAACUGGGCGCCUGGGAGGAGGAGCGGCAUGCAAUGACCAUUUCCCGACCGCCGAGGGCGGGACGCAGCGAGCGGCAGGCGGAGGAGGAUCAGGUGGACCGCUGUCGGCUGUUCGUCGAGGGCGAUCCCACCAAGAACGAGCUGUACAGCCCCGAGUAUCCCAAUCUCUAUCCGAAGAACAUCAACUGCACCCGGGUGAUAACAGCGCCAAAGGGACAAAUCAUACGCCUGGACUUUCGCAACUCGUUUAAUAUCGAGGCCAAGGAGGAGUGCAAAUUUGAUUUUCUCGAAAUACGGGAUGGCCAGUACGGCUUUUCCACGCUGAUCGGCAAAUACUGCGGCACCGAUUUUCCGCCAGAGAUCACCUCCAAGGAGCGCUACCUGUGGCUGCACUUCCACUCGGACGAGACCAUCGAGUACACGGGCUUCAGUGCCGUCUACGAGUACAUGGACCGGAAUCGGGAUGCGCCCAGCACGGAUCUCAACUGCACCAUCGACAAGGACGGCUACGAGGGUUUCAUUAACUCCACAGAUGUGCCGGCUGACAUCCGGGAGCAGGUCAUCCGCAACAAAAUCGCCUUGGACUGCAUCUGGCGCAUUCAGGUCAAGGAAAACUGGAAGAUAUUUCUCAAAUUUCUGGACUUCAAGCUGAGCAAGCCGAACGAUUGCGAGACCAACUUUUUGGACAUAUUCCCCGAGCAGACGGUGAUGCCAUUGAGGGUUAAGAACUUUUGCGGUUCGGCGGGCGAGAGUAUUACGGCGGAGUCAAACAUCCUGCACUUGCGCUUUUACGCAGAUCAAAUCGCGAUUAACUCGACAUUCGGCAUUCUGUAUACGGCGUUUCGAGACCGAGGAGCUGCCUGCACCGAGGACGAGUACGAUUGCGAGGACGCGACCUGCAUAUCAAAGGAUUUGAAAUGUAAUCAGCUAGACAAUUGUAAAUUUCGAUGGGACGAAGAGGGCUGUACGGGCGAGGCGGCCGGCCAAUCGGAGCAUGUGGUCAUCAUCGUGAUUGUGUUUGGCCUGAUACUCGGCGGAAUGGUCAUUACGUUCAUCGUCAAUUGCAUACGCAAGAUAAUACGUGAUCAGAAGAUAAUACGCGAGCACAUCCGGGAGUCGAAGGAGAGCAAGCUGGACGAGAUGGGCCACAACUCGAAAGGCCGUUCGAGGGAGAACAUAUCCAGGCAAAAGCACUCGCAGACCUCUCUGCAGAUCCUGGACGACGUCUCGAACCGAUAUUACCGCGAAGCGGUUCCACUCUCGACGCAGUCGAGCAAGGCGGACUUAAAGGAGAAGGAGCACAGCAUUCUGCGCCGCCAUGCGGACAUGACCCAAACCAGUCUCUGCGGAGUGGGCGAGGAUGAUGGGGAGUCCAGCUCGACGACCACCGCCACCCACGAGCUGAUGACAAAGGCGGCCAUGUCGGCGGUACCCUCCAAUGCCUGCGACAUGGGCUGUCAGACGAGGGAAUCGCUGUUUGUCAACAGUCCCGGAAUUGGACCGUCGGCGGGUGCGGGCGUUGGCAUUGGUGUUGCCGUUGGCUUGGGCUUCGCCGUUGCUCCCGGCGGUGGUGUUGCCACGCUAAUGAGACAAAAGUCCAGCUCCUCGUCGCUGGGCGGCCACAGCGGCAAUGGGGGCGGGGCUAUGAUGAUGCCGCCGCCGCCGCCACGCUUCUUUUCCACCUUCGGCUAUGAGCCAUCGGGAUCGCCGGCUGUGGCGACGCUGACAAGGCGCAGCAUGCACCAGCAGCAGCAGCAGCAGCAACAACAUUUGCAGCAGCAGCAACAUCACCAGCUGCCGCGCCAAGAGUCCAUGGAGAUGGAGGAGCGACACAGCGGCCGCUCGCACUACGGCGGACUGCUGGUGACCCCGACGGCCAAGCCGCCGCAGGAGAUCUGCCACCAUCAUCACCAGCACCAGCAGCAGUCACAGCAGCAACAGCAACAUGCACAGCAGCAGCAACAGCAACAUGCACAGCAGCAGCAGCGAAUGCACCAUGCACAUCCGCAUCCGCCGAGUAUUGCCGCCCGCCUGCCCACGAUGAAGGGACACGGCACCAUGGGACAGACAACGAUCCUGCCCGGCGGCAACAAGCAGCAGCAGCAGCAGCAACAUCAGCAGCAUCAGCAGAAGAACGAGGAGUCCAAAGUGUUCAUCGACAUACGGAAUUCAGCACCAGACGUGAUUAUCAUGACGUCCCAUUGACAUUUAAGGAUGGCCCGCCAAUCAGCAACAACAACGGUAGUGAACAGGAGCAACAACAAUAGCAACAACAGCAGCAUCAACAACAACAGCAGCA